AUGGACAGAAUAAGUCAGCUGUCGGAUGAUUUGCUCAUCGAAAUAUUGUCAUUAGUCCCAACAAAAGAUGCCGUGGCCGUGAGCACUUUGUCUAAACGAUGGAUGUCUCUUUGGACAUUGGUUCCAAGACUUAUCUUUUAUGAUUACUUUGACGAGGAUGACGAGUAUUAUUACUACUCAUCAGAAUAUUUUGACCAUAAAGAGAAACACGCGAAACGUUUGUCUCGGUUUGUGUCAGGGACUUUGCUAUUACACAAGGCAGCGGCUCUAGAAAGUUUUUAUCUCAAAAGUGCCACAGAAUGUAGCCCUUCGGAGGUUGGUUUAUGGGUUAGAAUCGCAGUUGAACGUUUUGUGCGUGAUCUGAAGAUAAUAUUCUAUGGUCAUCAUGGCCUUGUUCAUUUGCCAAGUAACUUUUUUAGAUGUGAAACACUUGAGACUUUGGUACUCGAUAGGUUGAUUGUUUCGGAAGUUCCUUGUCGGUGUAGCUUUGGAUCCCUCAAGAAGUUACAACUCCUAUCUUUGAAGUACUCAGAUGAUGAAUCUUUCUCUAGGCUUACAUCAAGCUGUCCCGUUCUUGAAGAUUUGGUUGUUGAAACUUGUCUCAGUGACAAUGUUGUGACUUUCACUGUUAAUGUGCCUUCCCUACAGAGUUUAUUCGUUAGGACUCAGUCGACAUGGCAAAUCAAUAUACCUGAUUAUCAUUUGUUCGUGAUACAUUCUUAUUCUAUGAAUCAGUUGAAGGUUGCGGGCUACAGAGGUAAAUUUGAUGUGAUAGGUGAUAUGCCUAAAUUUGUCAAGGCAAAUUUUCAAUCUGUGUGCCGCCAUGACAAGGCUGUGGAAUCUUCUUGCUUUGUCAAGCCUCUUUGUGUCUUUGAUGAAGAGGUUGUGAGUUUGGAGAUAUGUACUCAUGAAUAUAAAUCGACUAUGGUUGUGAAUGCGUUCCAACACUCCACUAAACUACAAGUUCUCAAGCUUGUGUAUAAGCCUCUCUGCGUCCUGCCGCGAUAUGUUCCUGAAUGUUUGUUGCAUCAUCUCAAAACCUUUGAGUGGAGAGACUAUGAAGGAACAAAAUAUGAGAAAGAAGUGGCGAUUUAUAUUCUGAAUAACGCGAGGCGAUUAGUGACUGCAACUAUCUACCCUCUCGCGCGCAAACAUUGUGUGUUUGAGGAGUUGGAAAUUGCGUCAAGGGGUUCAAGAGCAUGUGAUCUUACAAUGGGAUGA